CGUAGAGCGUGCCAGUCAGUCUGGAAAGAGGGACGGGCGCGAGUCGAUCGAGGCCGCCGCACCGCUUGCCGCUGUAUAGCGCUGCUGCUGGGUCCCGCGCGCGACCCCCGAGCAACAACAACAACCAGUGCCUGGAGAAUGACAUGAGCUCGGGUCUGCAGUGCGACCGAGUCCGCGGCCGAGUGACAAGGCGCAGAUAAGCUAUCGGGGGCGCCCCCGCACCGUGUUUUAUUGUGAAGUGGUGCAGCAGCAGCAGCAGCGCCGCGCGAGACGGGCCGCGAAGCAGCAGCAGCGCAUCGCCCGUGCGUCAGUGUCAGUGAUUGUGUGUGCGUGUGCGCGCGCGUGCGAGUGCGAGUCGUCGUUUGGUUGAUUCCGUGUGGAAAUGACGUCCAGUGGUGUCGAUUGAAAGGAAUGCUGCCGGCUCGUCUGCCCCCAGGAUCUGGAUUAGUGACGGGCCCGCCUCCAUGGAUACGCGGCAAGGAGAGAUGAGGCGGUGCGCGUUGCUGGCGUUGCUGGCGCUGUCGGCGCUGCUGCUGCUGCCGCAGGCGCUGGCGCAGACCAUGUGCCCGCAGGGCUGCCAGUGCGACGACGACACGCUGGUCGUCAUGUGCGAGUCGGCCUCGCUGGACGUGGUGCCCAUCACGCUCAACCCCUCGAUCCAGCGGCUGGGCAUGCGCUACAACCGCGUGCGCACGGUGGACGCGGCGCUGCAGUUCUACGGCGAGCUGCAGUACGUGGACCUGGCGCACAACGCGCUCGUCAGCAUCCCGAUGCGGGCGUUCGAGGCGCAGCGCAAGCUGCUCGAGCUGCACCUGGACCACAACAAGAUCUCGGCCGUGGACAACGGCACGUUCCACGGGCUGCUGAGCCUGACGGUGCUCAGCCUGCGCGGCAACUUCCUCAUGGAGCUCGGGCCGGGCCAGUUCGGCGCGCUCCGCCACCUCGAGGAGCUCAACCUGGGCCAGAACAGGAUCGCGGCCGUGCACCCGCGCGCCUUCGACGGCCUGGCCGCGCUCCGCGUGCUGCACCUCGACGACAACCAGCUGCGCCACGUGCCCUCGGACGCGCUGCGCCCGCUGACCAGGCUCGCCGAGCUGCGCGUCGGACUCAACGCCUUCUCGACCCUGGAGGACAACGCCUUCCACGGGCUGAGCACCCUCGCCGUCCUCGACCUGGCGGGCGCCGGGCUGAGCAACGUGAGCGAGGCCUCGCUGCGCGGCCUCGACGGCCUGCGCACGCUCAACCUGGCCGACAACAAGCUGGCCGCCGUGCCCACCGCCACCCUGGCCAGGCUGGCGCGCCUCGAGGAGCUCAUCCUCGGCCAGAACCACUUCGCCGUGCUGGCUGUGGCGGCGUUCCAGGGCCUGACCAACCUACGGAAGCUGGACGUGUCCGGCGCACCGUUCCUGGAGACGGUGGAGAAGGGCGCGUUCCGGGACAACGCCAACCUCGAGUCGCUGACGCUGGCCUCCAACAAGAAGCUGACGGCGCUGACGGACGGCGCGCUGCAAGGGCUGAGCAAGCUGCGGCACCUGUCGCUGCGCAACAACCAGCUGACGCACCUGUCCGAGGACAUGGUGUCGUGGCGGGACCUGCGCGCCGCCGAGCUGGCGGGCAACCCGCUGCGCUGCGGCUGCGGCCUGCGCUGGCUGCCCGAGCUGCUGCAGCGCUGGCGGGCCGCGCCCACGCUGUGCGCCGCGCCGCUGCCCCUCCGCGGCCAGCCCCUCGACGAGCUGGACGCGGAGCGGCUCGGCUGCGCCCGCCAGCUGGACGGCCGGCAGCAGGCGCUCAUCGCCAUCGGCGCGGGCGCGGCCGCCGUCGUGGUGGCGCUCAUCGCGCUGGUGCUCUUCAAGUGCCGGCACCGGAUACGGGCCGCGCUCAAGAGCUACCGCUGGAACAAGCGCGCCAUCUCGCGCAAGGAGCAGGAGUACCACAAGACGUUCUCGGACCCCGAGGACUACAUGAACAGCCUGCAGAAGCCCAUACCGGUCACGGAGUUGUAGCUAGAGCUCCUCGCCCCCAGGCCCGCGGCCGGCGUCUUCCUCCUGGGUCAGGAGGGCGCCGCCCGCCUCGGGACUGGGCGGCGAACGGAGCCGCUGCCGCGUCCCGAGGACUUUGUCCAGGACCCCGUCGAGUACGA